CGAAAUCUACCGUCUCCACCUCCACUUGUCCUCAAAGCCGAUUGAAGGUCAAAAAAUUUCUGUUUGAACCCAUCCGCCAAUAUUUUUUAUUUUCUAAGAUUUUCAGGGGAGCAAAACAUCAAGCUUGAAGACCAGGUCGACUCGAGCCCAAUAAGGAUAACGAAUAGGCAGAAAAACAAAACGUGUUGGAAACCACCAAAAUAAACAAUCCAACUAGUAACAAACCGAGACCACACGGAAACAGUCGAAAGACAAUAUGCCCUGCCUGGUGCGGAUGCGACAAUCAAUUCUGCAGGAAGAACUCCACGGUUCCAUAAAAAAUAAUGACCGAUAGACCAAAGUUCAAACACCCCGGAGGUGCUAUCAAAUUCAAAAUAACGUAGCAGAGGAUAGGGAGACCAGGCAACCUCUUAGGAAACUAACAUCAUAGUUUCGAUAUUUCUACACACUUUGGUGGGGUUGCUACUUGGAAAUUUUGAUGAUUCGUGCGCUUACAUCCCAUUACUUUAAGUAAUUUUCUUUACCAGAUGUUAUAAGCCAAACUCCAAAUUUUUGUUUGAAACCCAUCCAAAUUUUGUUCACCGGAUGGGUUUCAAACAAAAUGUUUUUUACCUUCCGUCGGUUCUGAAGACGAUUGCAGGUGGGGCUUCCGUCGGCUUUGAAAACGACUACAGGUGGAGAGGAUAGAUUUUGUUGAGGGUAGAGGAAGAGAAAGCAAGUAGGGAGUCAGUUUGGUGUUGUGGAGUACAGGAGAAUUGUGUUAGAAAUGGUUACGUGUAGCUAUAUUAGUAGUUGGUGCAAAAAUAGGUUUCAAAUCCAUCCGGCUGAGAGCUUUCUCAACCUUUUUUAUUUAAUUUUUCAGUUUAACAAACUUUCUUAUUCCCUUUUCCGUUUAUUUCUUGUAUUUUUAGGAGUAAAAGUUUUUGCCUAGUUUUCAAAAGUUUUUGAACGGAGGGAGGGUUUGACCGCGGAAGAUUAUCGAAUCCAGUUCCAUGCGUUGUACUUGUACUUUCUUUCUUCGUUCUCUCUCUCGAUAAUUACGAAGUAACCCCUUCCAUGGAGGCCUCCGCUUCGCCUCCUCACCAAGCCCUCCAAUCGACCUCCGUCGUCGACUCAGUUCCGGAUCCGAUCCAAGACCCUCUUCCUCCUCCUUUAUCUACUGGGUCCACCGUCGACGAUGACUCAAAGCCCAUCAACAGCGAUGAAAAAACCAAGAAGCCGAGAAAGAAGGCCAAGAAGAGAAGGAUAUCCAGAGAUGGCCCUGAUUUGUGGCCGUCUUCUUCGUCUUCUUGUUCUUCCUCACCCUCUUCUUCCUUGCACCCUACGCGUGUGGUGCUCAGACGCCGAAGACCUAGGGCCCUGCUCGCUGCGCCGCGGCGCAUCGAGUGCAAAGUAGACUCAAUUGCCCUUCCUCUCGGAAUGUCGGUCGCAGCUGUCGUUUGUCUGGUUCUGGAAACCAAAGAUGUGGCUGGUGGAAGGAUGUCUGCCAAUCAUCUUUCAAUGAUCUGCAUUUCAGCUGUCAGAGAAUCUUUAAGCAAUCAGGUCUUUGGUGACAAUUCCGAUUAUUUUAUGCGGAAUUUUGAAAAGUCAUUUGGAAGCACCUUGAGAACCCUUAGGUUGAUCAAUGAGUUGAACACAGAAAAGGGAGGACACCAUUUCUGCAACAUAAAGGUCGAAGGUUCUGCUUCACCUAUGAGUCUCAACAAUGGAGGAUGCAAGGGCAAUUGUGGUCGAGAAGAUUUUCAGUCAGAAGCAGUCUUGCAAACUUUUGCAGCUCAGGAUCUAUUAAAUACCAUCGAAGAGGUGAGAGGGAAUAUGCUAACUGGUUCAAAUAAUCAGGUGCUUACGCUGCAUGGGCAAACAAACCAAGUGGCCUGUGUCUUCCCAAACACACCUGGUCCUCUUGUAGGGCAGUCCAUGGUUAGCACUAUUCAGAAAUCUGUCGUAGAGCAAACCCGUUCUAACGACCUUAAGACUUUGGAGCUAGGUCUUACAAUGAGAAGAUUGAAGUUGAAAGAGACACAGCUGGCUCUCAACUUUGAUUCAAAUAAUCUAGAGAGGUCUAAAUUGGAAAUGGGAGCAUCAAAGGCAUCCUUUAAAGAAGAAAAAUUCAAGAGCCAAUUAGAAGACAUGAGACACACUGAGCUGCUCAGAAAGUGUGUAGACUGUCUUGUUGCUGGUCUGCUUGUCAUGUCAGCUUCUUUGUUAUACGGUGCUUAUGUAUUUUCAUACAGGAGGAUUACUGAAGCUACUGAAUCUUGCACAACUUCACCCAAGGAGUACAAGUCAUGGUGGAUCCCAAAGCCAAUGGCAUCUUUCAAUUCAGGGCUUCACGUUCUUAGGUGCCAGGUUCAAGUUGUGAGUCGAAUGCUGUUUGGUGUCUUAAUGAUUGUCGCAAUUGCUUGUUUGCUUCUCCAACGUUCAGCAAGUACAAAACAGAUAAUGCCAAUUACUUUCAUGCUUUUGCUGUUAGGAGUUGCCUGUGGUUUUGCAGGCAAGCUUUGUGUAGACACUCUAGGAGGGAGUGGAUACCAUUGGCUCCUACACUGGGAGAUUCUGUGCAUGCUGCAUUUCAUUUCUAAUGUCUAUACACCAUUUUUGCUCCUUGUCCUCCACGGAUCUGUCAAUGUGUCUCAAGGGACAAAAGGCAAGGCGAUAUUUCCAUACUGGAUCCGCCGAGUUAUAUUCUAUGCUAUCAUGUUCCUGUUUCUGCCACUAUUCUGUGGUCUUGUGCCUUUUGCAAGCCUUAGUGAAUGGAAAGAUCACUUUUUACUGCUGGUCACUGAUUAUCUAUUUACUGAUGAGUGAUGGAAGCUGUAGCUCAGAUCACCAAUAAGAGCUUUUACAAAUUAUGGAUCAAUGUUACUUUUUGGACGUUGGGAAGCCUAAAUUAUUUGUCUACUGUGUACUGAUAAAAAAGAAGAAAAAAAAAAAAAAACUCCUAAUUAGUCUACCGAGUGAAAUUGGCGCCCACAGAUGCCUGUAUUUGCUGAAGAUGUUAGGUGCCUGUUGGCACAGCUGCGUUUAUUCGUUCAUGUAUCAGUUGUAAUGAGCUUUCUUUCUUCUUUUUGUCUGGUGAGGUGUGCAGGGGUGGGGGGCUUCUUAUUGUCCUCGUGAAUUGUAGUGUCGAGCUGUUGUAUAUUAGGUUAUUGUUCGGGUAGGUUUACUGGAUUGAACUUGUGAAAGAAUUGAUCCUGUAUCGUCCUGUUUCUACCAAAAUGAUUAGAACUUAAUUAUUUACUGUUAACUUAAAA